AUGCCAACUCCGUCUAUAUCUUCUUAUGAGAAAGAUUAUGAAUCUAUGCAUGGAGAAGAGUAUGAACUAAUAUAUGAGGAAGAGUAUGAACCAAUGUAUAAGGAAGAGCAUGAACCAAUGUAUGAGGAAGAGCAUGAACCAAUGUAUGAGAAAGUGUACGAACUAGAGUUACAAUUAGAUGAAUCUGAAGUUAGUGAAUCAUCGCAAGUACAAAAGUUAAAUAGCAGUAAUUCUACACAUACCAG